AUGACCAUCUCAGCAGAAACGGUCCUCCGUCUACUCCCUCUGACUGCAGGAGGAGCCUGGGUUUUUUUCCACCUCGCCAAGUGCAUCUACAACCUCUUCUUCCACCCGCUGAGCCAUAUUCCCGGCCCCUGGCUUGCGGCUGCCACGUACCUCCCCGAAUUCUACCACGACGUGGUCAGGGGUGGGCGUUACACGACACAGAUCCAGCAGAUGCAUGAGAAAUACGGUCCCAUUGUCCGUAUCAAUCCGCAUGAACUCCACUGCAAUGACCACCGCUUCAUCAAUGAAAUCUAUGCCGGCGGGACCCGAAAACGUGAUAAGCCCGUUCACCAGGUCACUGGGAGUGAAGCAGCCGCGCAUGCAACAUUCUCCACCACAGACCAUGACGUCCACCGGAUGCGCCGCAAUGCACUAGCGAAAUUCUUCUCCCGCGCCCAAGUAUUGAGGUUGGAGCCCACUGUCCGUGGGCUUGCAGAGCGGCUGUGUGAUAAGAUGCUGCGCACAGAGAAAGGACGGCCGUUUCACGUUGGUGCUGCGUAUAGCCAGUUUACGGCGGAUGUGAUCUCGGGGUACUGUCUGGGUGAGAACUUGGGACUGAUGGGCCAAGAAGGAUGGGAGGAGCAAAUUGUGGAUGAGGUAGCGACGGUGCUUAGGCUUGGCUGUACGCUGCGGUUCGUUCCGUGGUGGAAGCACGUCCUGGGUGUGGUUCUGCUAAUCCGCAAACAGCUAGUAGGAAGCCCGAAAGAAUCCUCUGACGCACUGAUAGUUGGCAUGCCCAACCACAUCAGAAAAGCGCAAGCGGAUAUCAAGAUCAUGGACGGAAAAGGGAACGGUAACGGUCCAGAAACCAUCCCAACAACAGUCUUUACAUCCCUGCUUCAAUCCGACCUCCCUCCGCAAGAAAAGACCUUUGAGCGCAUGACCAGUGAAGGCAUUUCCCUCUUCGCUGCCGGCACCGCGACAGUCAGCUGGGCUCUCACCGUGGCGACAUACCACCUUCUCACGAAGCCCGCAAUCCUCCAAAGGCUCACUGCUGAAGUUUCAGACCUCGUCAACAGCAGUAGCUGUACCGAGAAGGUGGAAUGGUCGGCCCUCGAGCGCCUCCCGUAUCUCGGUGCUGUAAUCCAAGAAGCGCUGCGACUGUCUUACGGGGUCGCCAGUCGGACGGCUCGCGUUGCCACAGGCGAGGAUCUUGUCUACCGCGGUGAAUGGGCACAUAGGGAGGUGCAAUAUAUUAUUCCAAGAGGCUCAGCGAUUGGCAUGUCUGCUGUGCUUGCACAUCACGAUGAGGCUGUUUUCCCCGAUUCGCAUCUUUUUCUUCCAGAGCGGUGGCUGGAUGAGAAGAACCAGCGACUAAAGGAACUUGACCGGGCGCUUCUGGCCUUUUCCAAGGGAAGCAGGGGUUGUCUUGGGAUCAAUCUCGCCUACUGUGAGCUUUACCUCCUGCUCGCACUGCUGGUUGUGCGUGUGUUUCCGCGCAUGAGGCUAUAUGGAACAACUGAGGCUGAUGUGGCGUAUGACCAUGACUUUUUCAAUCCGUUUCCGGUAUGGGAGAGCAAGGGGGUAAGGGUGGUUGUUUGA